CUCUUACAACCCCAGUCCUCCAUUUCUUGCUUUCAAACACUAAACGAGUCAGUAGAGAAACCAAUACGAAAAAGCCCAACAAUGGCUGACUUCAGCAAAGCCAUCACUUUGCUUCUCAUUGUGGCUUUGGUUGCGAAUCUUGCUUUAACGGCUGACGCUGAUGGUGAUAAGGAGAUUCGAGUCAGGCAAAAGAAGGGUAACAAGGUGUGUAUACAAGGUUGGGAAUGCAGCUGGUGGUCGAAAUAUUGUUGCAACCAAACGAUCUCGGACGUCUUCGCGGUUUAUCAAUUCGAGGACCUCUUUUCUAAGAGGAAUACGCCGGUGGCUCAUGCCAUCGGAUUUUGGGAUUACCACUCUUUUAUUUUAGCUGCAGCCAUGUACGAGCCUCUAGGUUUUGGGACAACCGGUGGCAAGCUUAUGCAAAUGAAGGAAGUCGCGGCUUUUCUUGCCCAUGUCGGCGCCAAAACAUCUUGUGGAGAUGGAGUCUUGACCGGAGGACCAUACUCUUAUGGCCUUUGCUUCAACAGAGAAAUGAGCCCUAUGCAGGAUUACUGUGAUGAUUUCUAUAAAUAUAUGUAUCCAUGUGCCCCUGGAGCUUCAUACUAUGGCCGUGGUGCUUUGCCAAUUUACUGGAACUACAACUACGGAGCUGCUGGGGAUGGUAUAAAAGUUGAUUUGUUGCACCAUCCUGAGUAUCUUGAGCAGAACGCAACUAUUGCUUUCCAGGCUGCCAUUUGGAGGUGGAUGACCCCGAUCAAGAAGAACCAACCUUCAGCUCACGACAUUUUUGUAGGCAACUGGAAACCAACCAAGAACGACACAUUGUCCAAGCGGGGUAAUACUUUUGGCACCACUAUGAAUGUUCUUUACGGAGAAUACACUUGUGGGCAGGGCGAUAUCAAUCCGAUGAACACCAUUAUCUCACAUUACCUCUACUACCUUGAUCUGCUGGGUGUCGGGAGAGAGGAGGCAGGGCCGCACGAUGAGCUAACGUGUGCCGAGCAAGAAGCUUUCAACCCAGCCUCAUCUCCAAAGACUGUAACUUCUUCUUGAGCAUUGGAUUCAGGCCAAUUUUAUUGUUAAACAGCACUUGUCAAGGAGGGUUAUUUAAUAAGAGAGAGGGGCAAUUAGGUGGUUGCAAAAUCAUUGUCCAUGUCGCUGCGAUAAAGGUCUCAUCCACCGCAUGAUACCAUUUAUAGUUAAAGGUUGAUGUGCUGCUGCUGUUAGGUGGUCUUUAUAAUUUGCUUUGUUUGUGUGCUUAUUUUGAUAUUAUUUGAUGCUUGUUGAGCUGUCCAUGACAUUGAAUAUAAAACAUAUGCAUUGAAC